AUGACGGGGCUGAUACAAAUGAGGACCAGGAGGAAGGAGAGAUUGAGGAAGGCCCUCAGACCAAGCGCAACAGGGGAGAAUUCAACCAUCUACUUCAAAGGCGUGGACAUCAACCAGGUGAAUGAUGUCCUGGAUGACCUCAAGGGAAUUGACACCCACUACGAGGUCAGUCAAGUGAUGCACAACAGGUUCACCAAGACCAUGUCUGUGGUCCUCAUGGCUACAGACACAGACAGGGUGACCAAGGCUCACCAGCUUGUGGAGCAGUGCUACAGCGGACCUGGCAAGUUCAGCCCAGAGCAUGCUUUUGAUGAGAAGGAGGUUGACCAAGCAGCCAUGGCCAUUCACACAGUCAAGCAGGAAGGCAAUCACAUCAUCUCCAACAAAGACUUUGUCAAGGCAGUCAAGGAGCUGUGCCACAAGAAGGAAGUCCUGUCCACCCUCAUCAACAAAGGAGGAGCUACCAUCAACUUCAACAACUACUUCUUCCAGCCAUGGCACAACUUCAGCCUCAAGCCCAUCAUCAUCAACAUCAAGCCAGUGCCACCACAGGUGAAGCCAAGCAAGCUGAGGGCGCUGGUCCACAAGCUCUGCAGAGUCCAUCUGGUAGACACUGAGUUCAUUUGUUGUGACAACACCUACCAGAGCUUUGUCAAGGGCACAGUUGCCAUGGAGCAGGACCUAGUGACCAUGCUGGAGCAUAUGAAUGUGGAGCUCUUCAUUGGCUGCCUGAGUGUCCAGUUCAGGAGGCAGAUGUCACAAGAGGAGUUCAAAAAGACCAGAGAGAAAUGUGACAAGUCUCAGGCCAAUGCUGCCAACUUCCAGGCCAACAAGGCUGCCCAGGAUGCGGCCAGAAAGAUUGAGCAGGCCAAGCAAGCAAGAGCCAUCAAGCAGCAGGAGGCCAGAGCUAGGGAGGCAACCACAGCCAUGCAGCACAGGAUCCAAGAGCACAUGGCACAGGCCACAUUCCACCAGCAAGACCCCUAG